UUGACUUUUUUUUCCAAGUAAUUGAAGGAAGGCCAAUGUGCCAGAGCACAGAUGGCGGCGGGAGACUAGCACAAGGUGAGGUUAGAGACGAGGCAGGAGCCAAAUCACAGAGGACAUGGUAAAUGGUGUUUAGGAUUUUGCUGUUUAGGAGAGAAUGCAGGAUACUGUGGGGGUCGUGGAAGGCUUUUCCGAGGCAGAUGGUAGUUCCGGUGAGAAGGUGGAGAUCAGGACCCUUCAGGUGGAAGACAUUGUGUCAGAAAAGGAACAGAGACCACAUACAACGCAGGCUAUGCCAGCACGUAGAAGCAGAGAAUGUUGGUGACGGAAAUAAAGAACACACCAGGUUUGCCCUCAAGGAGCUGAGAUGGACACGAAUAACUCAUGUGGAGCAGAACGUGUGGACAGUCAUCCUAUGAGAGAAUUUGGUGAUGCAGCCACUUCAGCAGCAAACCCAGGUACCACUACGAUCCACAUCGAGGGUCCUAGUGAGAGCCCGACACACCAACCAGGACUCCCCAGAGGCUCAGGAGGAGAAGAGGACGAUGAGUUGCUAGGAAACGAUGACUCUGACAAAACUGAGUUACUUGCUGGACAGAAGAAAAGCUCCCCCUUCUGGACAUUUGAAUACUAUCAAACAUUCUUUGAUGUAGACACUUACCAGGUCUUUGACAGAAUAAAGGGGUCUCUUUUGCCGAUACCAGGAAAAAACUUUGUGAGACUAUACAUCCGCAGUAAUCCAGACCUUUAUGGCCCCUUUUGGAUAUGCGCCACGCUAGUCUUUGCCAUAGCAAUUAGUGGGAAUCUUUCCAACUUCUUAAUCCAUCUGGGAGAGAAGACAUACCAUUAUGUACCCGAAUUCCGAAAAGUGUCCAUAGCGGCCACCAUCAUCUAUGCCUAUGCCUGGCUGGUUCCUCUCGCACUCUGGGGUUUCCUCAUGUGGAGAAACAGCAAAGUUAUGAACAUCGUUUCCUAUUCGUUUUUGGAGAUCGUGUGUGUCUAUGGAUAUUCGCUCUUCAUUUAUAUCCCCACAGCAGUACUGUGGAUUAUCCCCCAGAAGGCUGUCCGUUGGAUUCUAGUCAUGAUUGCGCUGGGGAUCUCAGGCUCUGUCUUGGCAAUGACAUUUUGGCCAGCUGUUCGUGAGGAUAACAGGCGCAUCGCGUUGGCCACAAUUGGCACGAUUGUGUUGCUUCACACGCUGCUUUCUGUGGGCUGCUUGGCAUACUUUUUUGAUGCGCCAGAGAUGGACCACCUCCCAACAACUACAGUUGCUCCAAACCAAACAGUUGCAACAGCCAAGUAGCUAAAGAGGAAAUUCUCUUUUCUGUAUUUUGGAGUGGUUCUUCUGGACAUGGCAUCUACUGCAGGAAAGCAGAAUGACCAAGCCAGCAGGAAAACUGAUUGAAUGGCACCACCCUCUGGCAGCUAAAGGUGCUGCGCUGAAGUCUAAUCACCUAAUUUAACAAUGAUUAAAUGUUGUUCAGUCCAUGUGUCUUUCAGCUCUUCUUUCUCACCUGUCAGUUAUUGUUGGAACUGUACACCGAUUUGGAACAAAAUACAGGGGAACGUGGUAGGUGUGCCUGCCAUUUGCCUCUCGUUGUCCUGUGAUGCCCUUAAUACGUGAAAUGGAUCCAUCCUAACGUCUGAUGACUUUCUUCUGAAUUGUAUACAGAUGUUCCUCUGAGGUGAUCCUCUUCUCUCCAAAUGCUUGCCAUCCUAAACUGGCGAAACUGUAUGAACUUUGGUUUGGAUUCAUUGGGAGCCUGAACAUUUGUCUGUGGUGACUUGACACUGGGCAACCGAACCUAAUUGUUGCAAAAUAAAUACCUCAUAGAAUGUCUGUCUGCAUUUCAUGACUUUGACCUCG